UCGGGACGCGGGUGCCUAUAAAAGGCGCCCGAGGCGGGGGCGCGCGCCCCAGAGACGUGAACUAUCGUUGCGGAGACUACCGGCGGCAGGGAGGCCGCUUGGCAGGCAUCUCGGAGCUCAGCCGAGCGCGCAGCGCAACCGACAUGGAGGCCGAGCCCGUCACACUGCUGGUGAAGAGCCCCAACCAGCGCCACCGCGACCUGGAGCUGAGCGGCGAUCGCAGCUGGAGCGUGGGCCACCUCAAGGCCCACCUGAGCCGCGUCUACCCGGAGCGCCCGCGCCCGGAGGACCAGAGGCUAAUUUAUUCUGGGAAGCUGCUGUUGGAUGACCAGUAUCUCAGGGACUUGCUUCCAAAGCAGGAGAAACGGCACGUUCUACAUCUGGUGUGCAAUGUGAAGACUCCUUCAAAAAUGUCAGAAGCCAGCACAAAGGUUGCUGAAUCCACAGAGCAGCCCGCUGGUCUUCGUCAGGGACAGUAUCCUGGGGAUUCCUCAGGUGAUGGUGUCAGGCCCAGAGAGGUCCUGCGGAACCUUUCUCCCUCUGGAUGGGAGAACAUCUCCAGGCCCGAAGCCGCCCAGCCGGAGUUCCAAGGCCUGGGGCCUGGCUUCUCAGGCUACACAACCUAUGGGUGGCUGCAGCUCUCCUGGUUCCAGCAGAUCUAUGCACGGCAGUACUACAUGCAAUAUUUAGCGGCCACUGCUGCGUCGGGGACUUUUGUUCCCUCUCCAAGUGCACAAGAGAUACCUGUGGUCUCAGCACCUGCUCCAGCCCCUAUUCACAACCAGUUUCCAGCUGAAAACCAGCCAGCCAAUCAGAACGCUGCUCCUCAAGUGGUGGUUAAUCCCGGGGCCAAUCAGAAUUUGCGGAUGAAUGCACAAGGCGGCCCCAUCGUGGAAGAAGAUGAUGAGAUAAAUCGAGAUUGGUUGGAUUGGACCUAUUCAGCAGCCACGUUUUCCGUUUUCCUCAGCAUCCUCUACUUCUACUCCUCCCUGAGCAGAUUCCUCAUGGUCAUGGGGGCCACCGUGGUUAUGUACCUGCAUCACGUUGGGUGGUUUCCAUUUAGACAGAGGCCAGUCCAGAACUUCCCAAAUGACGGUCGUCUUCACGAAGCCGUAAAUCAGGACCCCAACAACAACUUACAGGAAGGUCCUGAUCCUGAAGUCGAAGACCCCAACUAUCUGCCUCCGGACAGGGACAUACUGAAUGGCGAGCAGACCAGCCCUUCUUUCAUGAGCACAGCCUGGCUCGUCUUCAAGACUUUCUUCGCCUCUCUCCUUCCAGAAGGCCCCCCGGCCAUAGCAAACUGAUGCUGUUUGCUCUCUGGCUGCCGGAGGCUGUGACAGGCAUGGACUACGUCAUUUGACUCCAGCUGGAUUUCUUCACCUGGACAUGGCAAUGGCACAGAAUUAGUAAAAGAACCAGCAAGGAGGAUGAUCUAUGCUUUUGUGAUCAAACAAAAGCAGAAAAUAAGACACGAAGCCAUGAUACAAAUUGAUGAACAAAAAUGCCUAAGGCUUCUCAUGUCUUUAUUCUGAAGAGCUUUAAUAUAUACUGUAUGUAGUUUAAUAGGCAUUGUAAGUAGAAGGCGUUAGUGUCGCAUGUUUAUGCCUGAGGAAUUUUUUCAGAUGUGUGUGUUUGCAUGUGUUUGUACAUAGAUGUCAGAUGCAGAAAUGGUUCAACUGGUACGAUUUGAUUCCUGUUGGAAUGUUUAAAUUACACUAAGUGUACUACUUUAUAUAAUCAAUGAAAUUGCUAGACAUGUUUUAGCAGGACUUUUCUAGGAAAGACUUCUGUAUAAUUGCUUUUUAAAAUGCAGUGCUUUACUUUAAACCAAGGGGAACUUUGCGGAGGUGGAAACCUUUGCUGGGUUUUCUGUUCAAUAAAGUUUUACUAUGAAUGAUCCUG